AUGGUCUGCGGGGGGUUCCCAUGCGUAGGAUACAGCCCGCUCGGGCUCUCCAAGGGCUUCGAACAACCGGGAACCAAGCUCUUCUACGAGAUGCUGCGCGUGGUGGACGAGUGCAAGGCGGAAAUCGUCUUCCUGGAGAACGUUCCCAACAUCGUAGCGCACGGUAUGACGGAGAUAGCUUAUCAGCUCCACGAAUUGCGUGGGUUCGACCUCAGGUGGAUCGUCCUGCCUGCCUCGUCAGUCGGGGCCCACCACAAGCGGAACAGAUGGUUCGCCCUGGCGACGAAGCCCGGCCUCAAGAAGGAUUGGUCCGGCUUACAGUACCAAAACCACAACUUCGACCCCAAAGACUCCCCUCCGCGAAUGGUACUCAGAGGAGACCCCGCGUGGGCCACCAGAUCAACCAGAUGCGCCCUGCUCGGGAACUCCGUCGUCCCCGACGUCGUGAGAAAGGCAUUCUUCAUCCUCGCGAGCGGCUUUCGGGACGCCGACCAGACGGCGGCCACUCUUCGCCUUCAGGAACCGGACGCCUCCCGCCUCAGGGUACUCGACGAGACAGCGCGAGCAUUUGCGUGGCCCGCAUGGGGUACCGUAGACGCUUACAGAGUCUGCUCAGCAGAGCCGAUACGGUUUGCUAAUCCCGACCUCCGGCUCGUCCUCUUUCAGGACCUCAAAAAGGUCAUACCGUCCUCGCGGGUCACCACGGAGAUCAUCAGCGUCUACAAACUACGCUCCUGGUCGACACCUCGCUUCGGGAAUACGGGCUCUUCAAACACCUUGACUGUGAGAAGUGCGCGCGACCUGCCCUCGCAGCUCCGGUUCGAGGAACGCCGGAGAGGAGGCUAUAUAUCGCAAGUCGAAGAACGAGGUGGACCGAGUGGUAGUCGUUCUCGACGUCGCGGGUCGGUCGGGUGCGACUUUGCCUCGUUCAAGGCCCUGAGCGUGCUCUUUGAUGAGAAGGACUACCGCUUCGUGGACGUCAUUACCCGAGUUUUCAUCAUCAACGCCGACGAUGCCCUCCGCACGGCAUGGUACCUUGCCAGCUCCGUGCCCCCGGCCAAUCAGUUUGCACAGCUGAUCACGCUCUUGUAA